UGCUCUUUUGGUGAAGAUUUCGAUCAUUUUCUGGAAUCUUCGUCGCCCUCCUCCUCAGAGACUGAGAGUGAGUGAGAAGACGGCAAUGACGGAAGUGAAGCGGUGGAGCGUCACCUACACCAAGCACAUGAAGCAGAAGCGCAAGGUUUACCAGGACGGUUUCUUAGAGCUCAACACCUCCAUUAAUAAGGUGUUGCUGUACGACGAUUGUGAGAAGCUCUUGGAGUGCAGGCUCUUGAAGAAAGACGAAGAACUUAGCUCCGGCGAAACACUCACAUUCAAUGCUUUUCUUGUUGACGUGAACGAAGCUGAUUCAGCCGAAGGAGAUCGCAAACCUGUACCUGGUUUUAAUUCUCAAGCAAAAGAUAUGAAAUUCAAUGAGAAACGCGCAAAGCCGUUUGUGAAUACAAGGAAUAAGCCGCAGCCAAAUUUGAGCCCGUCGCAAAAGAUAAUUAGAGAGUUUAAGAAUAGGGAACUGCACAAGUAUGGUGCAGCACAAAGUAGUCCAGAAACGAUGAAAACUAGCAAAACAGAAUGGCAGGUUCUAUACACCACACAACUAACUCAAAGGGCCAAGAAGUAUCAUGAUGGUUUCUUACAACUUGCAGUUUCUGGGUCUUAUGGAAAGCAGAUAAUACUGUUGGAUGAAAGCAGGAAUCUCUUAGAUAGCAGGUUCCUUAAGAAAGAUGAAGUCCUAGCAUCCGGUGAAUCAAUAGGAUUUAGUGCUCAUUUAGUUGAAAUUGGAGAAUGUGAAGGAGAUAAUAAACCCGGGAAAAAUUUGCAUUUCAAAGAAAAUAAACGUAAUGUUGUUAGAGAGGCAGGAGUAAAGCAUGAACAAAGUAAUGGUGUUAUCACUGAUAAAGCUGCUGAGAAAGAAUGGAAGGUCCUGUACACUACACAAUUAACCCAAAAGGCCAAAAAGUACCAUGAUGGUUUCUUAAAACUAGCAAUGUGUGGCUCCCAAAGGAGGCAGGCCCUGCUGUUUGAUGUGACUAAGAAACUCAUAGAUAGCAAGUUCCUCAAAAAAGAUGAAGAUAUAAGAUCUGGUGAAUCAUUUACAUUUGAUGCUCAUUUGGUUGACAUUGGAGAACCUGAAGGAAACCAUGAAGCUUUGGUAGAUUUGAAAUUUCGAGGAAAAGACGAUUGCUAUGUCCAGGAAACAAGGAAAUUAGGUGGUGGAGAUGAUUGUGUUAUAGUCAAUAAUUUUGAAGUAAAAGAGUGGCAUGCUCUAUACACCACUCAGAUUACUCAAAAGGCCAAGAAGUACCAUGGUGGCAUUCUCAGACUUGACAUUUCUGGUUCUUACCGUAAGAAGGUUAGUUUACUUAGUGAAGACAAAACCAUGCUGAGCAGUAAGUAUAUCAGUUUGUCAGAAGAUAUAAGAACAGGAUGCAUGUUUGAGCUGCCAAAAUAUUUGGUGGAGGUUGGUAGACUAUAUACAAGUUCUGGAGGUGAAGGAAAACCUCACAACAAAGAUUAUUUGAGGAAAGCUUCAGAGUCAAAUCUUAGCAUCUCUAGUGUAGAGGAAACGAGAUCAAGCAGGGCAGUCCAUACAAACAAGCCUUUACGUGAUGCCAAUCAGAUUUUGUCCAUUCUCCAAAGACCUAUGGCUCAGGAGAGGAUAGUUUCAGGCCAUGCUGAUAACAGCACAGCAAGACCAAUUGCCUCCACUAAGGAGUCUCAAGUUUCAGAUACUAUAAUAGUGAAUUUCUCUGAAGCCCGACCAUCACAACCACAUAGAUCAGUUGAAAGUAUAGAGCAAAGUGAAAAUAUGGACACUGGAAACCUCCCUGAUCCUAUGUCUUUCAAAGCAAUAUCCAGCGGUAGUGGCAGUCCAGUAGCUGAUGGAAUCAACAUGAGAAACUCCGACCAGUUUUCUCCAGGACAUGUGAAAGCUGACACCAGACAGCAUGACACAGCAUAUACUUCUGACAAAUCGAGUUUGAGUUCAUGUGUUUCUUCGGAUGAGAAAAGUAGUUCUGAGGAGCCUACUUGUGAGCAAAUCGAAGAAUGCCCUAGUUUUGAUCUUGGAUUUUAAACAACUCUACUUGGCACUUUGCUUUGUAUAUGUUGUGUGAUAGCUUGUAGUGAGGCCGUAUUUAGUGAGAGUUAGGAAUCUAAUGUUCUGUAUGUCCUGUGCUUCAAUGUUGUGGCUUUGAUGAUUU